UUAUGGUACGCGAGGUCGCUGCUUGUAAAUAAUAUAGCUUCCUCAGAGCUGCAACGUAACUGUAUGAAUUGGGAAUAAUAUAUAUUUCUCUUAAAUGUCGUUGUGGUUUUGUAGAGAGUGGCGGUCCGUCGCAGUGACAGCCGGGCUAUUGUUAGUUUGUCUAACUUUUGCCUGAUACGCACCCAGCCGGUUGGCGAGUUUAGCCAGCAGCUAGCGUUAGCUCAGCGUUUAAGCUAAUCAGAGGUGACCAGGGCAGCUUCUUUUUUUUUUGCACAGAGUGGAUUAUUUAACAUGACGAGCCACCUCUGACCUCAGAAUUAACACCAAAUAAAACGACUCCAGUCAGUCUAGCUUGCUGUGAUGUUGCCCCUCCUGCCUGGCAUGCAGGCAUGAGCUCUGUCCUGUGGAGCCAGGAGAAGCCCAGCGGGGGCUUCAGGGAGGAUUGGAGGACUGGAGGACACCACUACAUGGUGGUGAAGGACUACACGGCGGAGAAGCCUCACCAGAAGAUCGUGCGGAUCCCGCGCGGCAGCCUGGGCCAGGUGUGCCAGGAGCGCAACAACAUGGGCCGCACGCUACCGCCCUGCAAGGGGAAGAAGAGCCUGCGCAUCCUGGACCAGACCAACGUGGUGCAGAGCCUGGACGAGCGGGACAUCCGGGAAAUAGACGAGAAGCUGGCCGAGCUGCUGUUCCCCAUCACCAACUGUGAGGAGCGCUACACCCUGCUGUGCAACAAGUCCCGGCUGGAGCGCGUGCGCGACAUCGACUGCGGCUCUAAGGUGCGGGUCCAGCUGCGCACCGGAGAUGAUCCGCUGCCUGGUGUGGUCCGCUUCAAGGGCUCGCUGCUCGCUGACAGACCCCUCUCUGGAAUUCUGUUUGGAGUGGAAUUACUGGAGGAGGGUCGAGGCCAGGGCUUCACGGAGGGCUCCUUCCAGGGCCGCCAGCUUUUCCGCUGCGAGGACGAGUGUGGCGUGUUCGUGGCACUGGACAAGCUAGAACUGUGGGAGGAUGAUGAUGAUGACGAUGAUCUGAGCGAGCUGGAGGUGGACCAUGUCAAUCUGGUGGAAGAGGACCAGGACUACCCUCCGCUGGAGAUCAACUCCCGGGUCCUGGUGCAGACCAGAGAGGGACCCGAGAGGGGCACCAUCAUUUUUUGUGACUUACUGCCGGGUAACGAGAGCCUGGGCUACUAUGUGGGUGUUGACAUGGACAAUCCUAUCGGCGAGUGGGACGGAAUGUUUGAUGGGAAGCUGCUGUGUAACUUUGCCAGUUUGGAGCACACUAAACUUGUCCCCAUCUGUGACGUAAUGCCAGAAUAUUCCAUGCAGGACCAAAGGCUGCAAAAACACAGUUUUGCUCCCAGAAGCAACAGCAACGACAGGUCGUCUGGCCAAAGCAAACCAAAGAGCAAAGGGUUAGCUCAUCAGUGCGGCAGUAGGAGCAAGUCUGAGUUUUACUAUACUUUAAAUGGCAGCUCUAUUGACCCCCCAGUCCAGUCCAAAUCCAAAAGCACAUGGUACAUUGACGAAGUUGGGGAGGACCCAGCAAAGUCACUCACUGAAACCCCCCCUGACUUCAACCAGUCGUCCCCGCCCACCAGGGUCCCGCCGCCCGCCUCGCUGGCCAGCGACAACAAGUUCCACUCUCUGCCCUUCAGCCUGAACCGCAAGAGUGGGCCACUUGACAACAUGAGUCAGGGCCCGCUCUCCCUGUCCGUUCAGUCGGUGAUGGGAGAGCAGGCCGAGGCCCCGUCGCCCGCCGCCCCUCCCUCACCGCGGCCUUCGACGCCGCCCCGAGGGCAGCCGGGUCUGGAGGUGGGCUCCCUGGUGGAAGUGAAGGAGAAUCCCCCUUUGUGUGGCGUCAUCCGCUGGGUGGGUUUGCCUCCUGGUCUGAUGGAGCCUCUGGCUGGGCUGGAGCUGGAUGAAGAGUGCCAAGGUUGCACUGACGGCACCUUUAAAGGUACGCGCUACUUCAACUGCCCGCCUAAAAAAGCCCUGUUUGUGAAGCUCAAGUGCUGCCGGCCCGACUCCCGCUUCCCAUCGUCACACCAUUCCUCCAACCCCAUUGAACGCUGCAACUCCAUCGCUUUUGGGGGCUACUUAAGCGAGAUAGUACACGAGAACACGCCACCUCGCAGCGAGAGCGACGGUUUGGACGUCAUGGUGGGGAAAAAGAAAGGCAUCCAGGGCCACUACAACUCCUGCUACCUGGAUUCAACUCUCUUCUGUCUCUUCUCCUUCAGCUCCGUACUGGACACGGUUCUGCUGAGACCACGCUCAAAAACAGACGUAGAGUACUACAGAGAGACCCAAGAACUGUUACGCACCGAGAUCGUCAAUCCUUUGCGCAUACAUGGGUAUGUGUGUGCCACCAAAGUGAUGAAACUAAGGAGGAUCCUGGAGAAAGUAGAAGCAGCCUCUGGGUUCACCUCUGAAGAGAAAGAUCCAGAAGAGUUCCUCAACAUACUUUUCCACCAUAUACUCAGGGUGGACCCUUUACUCAAACUACGGUCAGCAGGGCAGAAGGUCCAGGAUUGUUAUUUUUACCAGAUCUUCAUGGACAAGAAGGACAAAGUCGGCGUUCCCACCAUCCAGCAGCUUCUGGAGUGGUCUUUCAUCAACAGCGACCUGAAGUUUGCUGAGGCUCCCUCCUGUCUUAUCAUCCAGAUGCCGCGCUUUGGCAAGGACUUCAAAAUGUUCAACAAGAUUUUCCCCUCGUUGGAGUUAGACAUCACAGAUCUCCUGGAAGACACUCCAAGGGAAUGCAGAAUCUGCGGAGGCCUGGCCCUGUACGAGUGCAGGGACUGCUACGAGGACGGAGACAUCACCGCCGGCAAGAUUAAACAGUUCUGUGAAAAGUGCAACACGCAGGUCCACCUCCACCCGAGAAGGACAAGCCACCGGCACGGCAAGCUCUGCGUGCCCAAGGAGCUGCAGGAGGGUGCGGGGCGCCAGGGCAUCUUCCCCCGCCAGACGAUGGAGCUGUUUGCUGUGCUGUGCAUCGAAACCAGUCACUACGUGGCCUUCGUCAAGUACGGCAGCGCCGACUCCGCCUGGCUCUUCUUUGACAGCAUGGCCGACCGCGAUGGAGGCCAGAACGGCUUCAACAUUCCGCAGGUGUCUCCGUGUCCCGAGGUGGAGGCCUACUUGAAGAUGACGCCCGAGGAGCUGCACACGCUCGAUCCCAAGAGCAUCCAAGGCCAGGCCCGACGGCUGCUGUGCGACGCCUACAUGUGCAUGUACCAGAGCCCCACCAUGAGCCUGUACAAGUAGCCCCCUCCCCUCGCCCACACACCCCACACACGCCACCGCCUCCCCCCCCUCGUCGUCAUCCUCCUCCUCACGACGGCCGCGAGGCAACCCCCGUCUUCUUCGGAGGGGCAGGAGACUUCCCGGCAAAUUUGGAAGGAAGGGGAAAAAAAAAAAAAAGUCUCGCCGCCAGAGAGUUAACCCUCUCCGGUCAAGAUGUCGGAGGGGCGGCGGGCUUAUUUUGCACUGUGCUUUUUCGUUGAAGUGUCGUGUUCUGGUCCCAUGUAGCUUCUCUGUGUCUCAGCUGAGCGGGUGGAAGAGGCGGAGGACGGUUUAAAGGAGGCCUGCUGGGAUGGGGGGCUCUUCAUAACACCUCAUUAUAGGAAGAGACUCCGUAGCGCUUCAUGUCACACUCGUGUUCUUUCUCCUCCGCGUGCCCGGUUUGUACCACCGGUAACCAAUGUAGCCGCACACCACUAAAUUAUCAAUCCGGAGAUGCUCUUUUUUGUGUUACAGAAUACACACUUUGAUCCUCCGUGCGAGGGACGGGGGGGGGCGGGUUUUGUGCAAUGGCCGCUGCUCGGCCGCCAGCGCGGAGGCGAGCUCCCCGAGACGAUUUAGCUUCAUAACAUACAGUAUUCGUCUGUGUCUCCAUCAAUUAAAAAAAGAAGAAGUGAGAUUUUAUGUUUACGAAGCCCCGGGAGUCGGCGCCGACUCGCCAGCCUUUCUUGAAGAUGUGACAUGCAGCAGAUUAAUUAACAAAAGAAAAAAAAAAAAUCCAGAUGUGAUCAAAUAUUAUUUAUUUUAAUCUAAUGUUACAAAGAAAAACUUGUGUGUCCCUUUUUAAGGAAAUAAAAACAGGGUUGAUGAUA